GCGAGCGAGCGGGGAGACGCUGCGGGCGGUUUGAAGCGGAAACCAUCGAGGUGACGGUGGCGGUGCUGCUGCUGCUGCAGCUGUACAGGAGCGGGUGAAAGCAGCCGGACUGUGCUGCACAGGAGCGGGAGCGUAAACAUAGUGCAUAGAAGCGAGGAGACGACCCAGGAGGAAAGGAGAGUGUGGUGCAUAGGAGCGGUUAGCGCCGGAGCCGCACGGAUCAGACCGCCGCUGUGCAGUGGAGCGGGAGACGACUGAGCCAGAAAGGAGCGGGUCGAGUCGCGCCGUAGCGGACCGGAUCAGCCUGUAGCCGCGCACAGGACUGGGAAGACCGGGUUGGAGUCGAGACGCUCACGGGCUGGGCCGGACCAGACCGCGGUGCGCUGGAGCAGGGUCGGAGCCGAGCAGAGGCCGAGCUUUGCGUGGGUCGGACCGGGACGUGGUGGGCCGCGGCGGAUGGCGGGAGGAUGGCGAAAGGAGAGCCUGUGGAAGACGCUUUUGGUUCUUGGCUUCACGCCGCCAGGAGAUAAGCUGCGAACGGCGAAGCGCCCCGUCUUUGGCGCGAAUAUGUUUGACAGACCAAAUGUGGAAGCGUUCCAAAUUGUUGUGUACUAUUUGUUCUUGCAAUUGGACCAGACACGUGCCAAUUUUGUCUUCAGAGAUUGUUGGCCCAUUUAUGAUAAGAAAGGUGCUGCGUGCUUCAGAAAAGCCUGUUGUGAAUGGAUGAAGAAAAUUGCUGAUGAUGUUGGAAAUGGUUUUCCUCAAGUGGUGGCUUCUUUAUUUCUUUCUCCAGGAGGCCCUAAAUUUAGCAAUCUGAUGUAUGCUUUUUCAAUAUAUGUGCUCACACAGAAGUUAAAAAAACAAAUUGAAAAGAGUGACUCGUGCCACAAGACAGUGGUAGGAAAAUCACAAGAUCUACAUUUGGCAGCUGUGAAGUGUUGUAUUGAGCGAAACCAGUUUUCAGAAGGGAUUCAAAAAGAAGCUUUCGUUGUUCAAGAAUAUAAAAGAAGGGAGUCAUUACUUGUUAAUGAAAAUCAAGCCUUGAGGAAACAACAUAAAGAAAUGAAAGAUGCACUGGAAAAAUCUGCUAAUGGCUUCGCAAAAGAACAUUAUCCAGAAAUGAAAGAGCUACGCAAGAUGUGGAACACAGUAAUGGAUGCACUUAUGGAGUUGGAAAAAGAAAGAGAAAUUAUUGAUUCCAUAAUGGAGGGACGUGUAGACCUGGACAUACUUGAUGGAACAGAUGUAGCCUUAAAAGUCUCAAGAUCACUAUUAAAUAAGAUUGAAAAUGAAGGUGCUCAGAUUGAUGACCUGUACAAAGCUGGUGAACUGAAUCUUGUAGCGAUAAUCCAGCUGUGCUAUUGGUCUCUCAGACUUCUUAAUGACCAGCGCAUCGAAGCAGGCUCAGCAGAAUUGGAACAAAAUCUUUCGUUGGAAAAGCUUGCAAAAUCAUUGAAAAGUGAACUAAUUGAAAUGAAAGAGAAAAGCCAGAAGAUAACAGAGGAAGUGUUCCCCUCUAUCCAGCAAUCAAUAGCUGAAAUGGAAAGUGCGUGGGACAUGAAAUGGGAACAGUAUUCAAAUAACACUGUUUUUUCCCAAAUGAGAAAAAAAUAUCCUGUCCUUGAUCUUCUCCCAACCAUGCCAACUUUAUCUUUUGUGCCUGUUUCAGAAGAAGCUUAUAAAAGCAGUAUAUUUUAUUUACACUCUGCAACAUUUUCAGAUUUAGAAGAACAAUGCACAAAAGGUUCUGGAAGAGAUGACAAUGGGAUCAGUAGCAUUUCAAUAACUUCCAAUGAUCCAAGCACAUCAGAACACCAGUGUUCAGAGAGUUUCAACCCUCCCAUCAGAAAUACAAAUGGACAAAUAAAUUCUACUUGUCUUGGAGAUGAAUCAAUUGAAAUACCGCUGGUAACUAAACAACCUCAUGAAAGUAGAUUGCAGACUCCAUGCGUGGAUGAAAUAGAAACUUGGCAGACGCACGAAGAACGAAGUCCAUUACUUUUAAAUAAACCUAAAGAGAGUUACUCUAAAGGAAAUGAACCACAUCAAAAGACAUCUGACCAGUUGGCAGAAGCAGUAGCAGAUAACAUUACAAACGAUUCACCUGGAGGAUUCCAAAGUCAAGAUCUGGUCGAAGAAGGCGAUAAUUUGUCAUGGACCACCAAUCCUUUUAUUGUUCAGAGUGAGCUACUAAGAACACCUGAAAACUUGAUUACAGAUAUUAGAAACACCUGGAGAUGUGCAGUUCAGGAAUCUGAGCAUGAGCAAAUGAAACAGCAGGAGAAUGUAUCAACACAUCCAACACAGCCAAACUAUGCAAAUGACCAAUUUCAGUUGGAACCUGAGAAAUCACCACUUGCAACAUAUAUGAAGGUGUCCGGAUCUUGUGAGAAUGCUCCUCCAGAUACGUCUGUGCUUCAGUGUGCUGAAAUUGAUCAAGUGGAAACCUGGAGUAAGACACUGUUUAGUCCUGAUGUUAAGUCAGCUAGUUCAAAUUGCCGUUCCAUCAGAAAUGAAAAGUGGAAUAACUGUAGGGAACCAGAAAUACGUUGCUCAGAUGUUGGAUCUGAAGAUGAGGAUUGUUACUUCAAUGGUAAAGCUAGAAGUAAUGAUGCAAAUGGUUUGUUGACAGGUAAAUUUCUCUCCCCAGUUUCUUCUCAAGUUUUCUGUUCUAGUGAAGAUUAUGGCAAAACAAAUUCUGUAAGCCUCAUCGACAAUGUAAUGGAUGAUGAACUUAGUCGCUCUCUACAAUUUUUGCCUCUUGAAAAAUUAAAACCACCAUCUCCAAUUAAAAAGGAAAAAUUGUCAAAAAGUUUCAUUUUGAAAAUGUGCAAAAACAAUGAUACUUUGGAGAAUUCCGGGCUCUAUACAUCCUUUGAUGGUGAAUGUAACUCGGAUAGUACUUUACCAUGGAAUCAGUCACAGAAUGUGAUUACUACUCCAAAUGAUUCAUUGAAGCCGCCAAGGUAUGGAAUUUUGCAUGAGACUAUUCCUGAUGUCCUUGGCAAUGUCAGUUUGAAUAGCACCAGAAGUCCCAGUGUUGAUCAGCCAGAUGAUCCUCACUUGGACAUGACAGACUUGCGGAAUAGAAUGGAGGAAUUGCGAAAGAGGAGUGUGGCUGUUUUCACGUGUGGUGUAAGUGAAAAGAAAAUAUUAGUUGAAAAUAUGGGACAUUCUCAUUUCCAGAAUAAUACUGACAAUAAAGAUCAAUGCAAGUUGGAACUUACUUGCAAAAUAGACUGCAUGGAUGAUGAAGUUGUCAAUACUGACAAACUGUUUACCCAAGAAUCAAUAUCGAUGAAAGCUCUUACCUCUUUGGAAACUCAAAAAUCUGGUUUAAAUCUUAUUUCUUUGAGCAGCUCUUCAGUGAAUGUUAUGGAACUUCAAGAUGUUUUUGACUCUUCUCUGCUCAGUUCUACUACAAAUGAAGUGCCUCAAAUGGCAUAUCUUGCCCAGUCUGAAGCAUCCUCUGUCAGCAUUGAUGGAGUGGGACAACUAAUAACGUUUUAAUGGGGACUAACUACAGUAGUGGAAUCAAAUCCACCCCAGAGUGAAAGUCUGCAAACCUUGACACAUUGAUGCCUGCUUUUCGACAACAACCAUCUUUGAAAUUUGGAAUAAGACAUUUCAAGUGUAAAAUUAGUUCCAUUGUACAUUUCACCAUGUUUAACCUAACCGUAGACAAAUUUUCUUAUUUGUGGUAAAUAAAAAAUUUAAAUUUACUAUGGCGUAAGUAAAGUAUUGUAUAGAUUUUUUUCCAUAGAUUUAUUGUAUAGAAGUAUUUAUAAAACAGUUGCAUUUUUUUUAAAGAACUGUAAAAGUCAAUCUUGGACUGUUCCAGAUUAAAUUCAUCUUAUUUCAACUAAUCUCUUCUGCAAAAGCUAUCAGAUGUUUAGGAUAAAUUCGACCUUUGAAAUUCUACAGGAAUGUCUGGCAGAUUUGGGAUAUCCAGUAACUUUAUGUUUAUGAAAUUUUUUGAUUAGACUGGAAAUAUAGUAAUGGUUGUAUCCCAUUCUUAA